AUGCCAGCCCCCGCAACUGCCGUAUCCCCCCCACCGUCGACCCAAACCUUCCACCUAACCCUCACCAAGGCUCUCGAGGGAAAUCUCCCACCUUUCCUUCCUCUCGAAAUCCAAUUCGCCUACGACUGGAACUUUGCCCAGAACACCGGUCACGCAACCGUUCUCUCCAUCGGCUCCAACAACACCGUAAACCAAGACAUGUUCCCCAUGGGCAUCUCAAAGCGCCUUGCAUUCAUGGCACGAGAUAAAUUCGAUGUUACUAUCGAUGGUCCCGAUGGGAAUAAGGAAGAAAUCUUUGCGUAUAGAGUUAUCUUGAAUAUGGAUAAGGAGACGACGGAUACUAAGACCGCGGCGGUUAUGCUUGGAGAGGAAGGGGAUGUUAUUAUUGCUACGGAAAAUUGGGGGGCUACUGAAGUUUUGUAG